ACAAUUAAACCACCAGAUUCGUAAUUUUAAUGUUUUGAUGAGUUUAGUAUUUCGUUUCAUCGGAGCGAUCUCAAUUAUUAUGUUGGAAAAAUUGGGUCUAGGCUUUUCCUGUUUCGAUUUUUAGCGUUUGUUUGUUGUUUCGAUGUUUAGUGUUUUUAUUAUUAUUCUUUUGUUUGUUUUGAUUGUACUUUUUGUUGUUGUUGUUGUGAUCGUAGAGUUUUUGUUUCUUGGAUUUUCCUCAAAUGGCUGGUAUUAAUGAUACGCCAUUUUCUCCCAUGGCUAGUAUCCAACCUAUGCGGGAAUUGUCUCCCGAGGAGGAGGAGAAGAUAAUAAGGAGAAAUCUUAAACUUAGAGACAUAUUAAUUAGCAGAAAACUAGAUCUUCUAGAAAGAGCUGCUAAAGCUGCGGGACGCCCUUUCAAAAGGAGCUUCAUUCCAUGCGCAUGUCGAACCCCCAAAUCACCAAGUAACUGUUUCAACCACUUCAACUCACAUGUUGCUGCCUCCAUGGACCUGUAUUCUGCUUCAGCUGAGCUCCGAGAAACAGUUGGUUGCUUCUUUGUCUUCCAAGACACCGGUGAAUUCCCAAGACGAACAAACCAUCAUGUCAAUGAACGUCUAGUCAAAGGACAACUUGCCCAAUCUGAGUCACACCACCUUUGCAAACUUAGGGUACUAUCAGAGCGCAACAAAAUGCCUUGCCCAAGAUUCUUUUUCAAGUAUCUAACCACUCGAAGUGCACCUUCCCAAUUUUCUAUUCUCGGUUUUUGCAUAAACUGAGACAGCGUAUGCACCGAGUAUGUAAGAUCAGGUCUAGUCACUGCCAAAUAAAUCAGUCUACCAGUUAGUAUUCUAUAUUUCUCCACAUCAUCAAACAAAUCUCCCUGCGCCAAAGCAAGACGAUGAUUAGUCUCCAUUGGAAACUCAGCAGGUUUAGCUCCUAAUAAACCCGUUUCCAUGAUAAUA